UUCUCGCGAGACUUGUCCCGGCCGGCGCGGCGAGGCCGAGGCGCUCCGGGCCCUUUUGAAACCCAGCGGUAGCGGGGCUGUGGCCCGGCCACGAAAUGGCGGAGAACGACAAGCCCGAGGCGGCGCCCGCCGCGCCGCAGCGCGGAGCCGAGGAGGCCGCUGCCGCCGGCCGUCCGCUGCAGCAACAACCACCGCAGCAGCAGCAGCAACAGCCGCCACCGCAACAGCAGCCGCCGCGGGAUGAGGAGGCGGCGGCAGCAGCAGCGCCAGCGGCGGUGACCGAGAGCAGCGGAGGCAGCGCUAAUGGCGUCAAAAUGGGUAAUGAUGAGACAGCAAAAGAAGAGAAAGCACCUGCUAAAGAAAAGUAUGUUGCAAAACCGAAGGCAAUCCCUUCUCUUGGAAACAAGAAUAGAUUCCACCCCUAUUCAAAGGACAAGAAUGCAGGCACUGGAGAGAAGAAGGCUAUUAAUCGUAAUAGAGUUUUUAUUAGCAACAUCCCAUAUGACAUGAAAUGGCAAGCUAUUAAAGAUCUUAUGCGAGAGAAAGUUGGUGAGGUUACAUACGUGGAGCUGUUUAAGGAUGCUGAAGGAAAAUCAAGGGGUUGUGGUGUGGUUGAAUUCAAAGAUGAAGAAUUUGUUAAGAAAGCGUUGGACACUAUGAACAAAUACGAUCUUAGUGGAAGACCCCUGAAUAUUAAAGAGGAUCCUGAAGGUGAACAUGCUCGUAGGGCAUUACAGCGUGGAGGAGGACAGUUUCCAGCAGGACAUGGACCUGAUGUGGCACCUGGAAUAAUGAAUUUACCACCUUCUAUUCUCAAUAAUCCGAACAUUCCUCCUGAGGUUAUCAGUAACUUGCAGGGAGGCAGGCUUGGGUCCACUAUUUUUGUUGCUAAUCUUGACUUUAAAGUUGGCUGGAAGAAACUGAAGGAGGUGUUCAGCAUUGCUGGAACUGUAAAGCGUGCAGACAUCAAAGAAGAUAAGGAUGGCAAGAGUCGAGGGAUGGGAACAGUUACCUUUGAACAAGCAAUCGAAGCUGUUCAAGCAAUAUCUAUGUUCAAUGGACAAUUCCUGUUCGAUAGACCUAUGCAUGUAAAAAUGGAUGACAAAUCAGUUCCUCAUGAAGACUUCCGUGUUGCAGACAGCAAAACUUCACAAUUGCCUCGUGGUCUUGGUGGUAUUGGUAUGGGACUUGGACCAGGUGGACAGCCCAUCAGUGCAACACAACUGAGCAUGGGCGGUGGAAUGGGGAGCAUGGGUCCAGGAGGUAUGGGAAUAGACGGUCCAGGAUUUGGCGGAAUGAACAGAAUGGGAGGCGGACUUGCUGGACUUCGUGGAAUGGAAGGAAUGCCUAAUAUGGGAGGAUUUGGAGUUAACCGAAUGGGAGAGAUGUUCCGUGGUGGAAUGGGAGGAAACAUGGACAGAGAAUUUGGUCGUGGUGAAAUGGCUUUGAACCGUGGUUUUGGAGAUUCUUUUGGAAGGAUGGGUGGUGCAAUGAUUGGUGUUUUUGCAGGAGGAAUGGGAGCACCUAGCAUGGGCCCAGUAAGAUCUGGAAUGAGUGGUGGAAUGGGUGGCAUGAACAGUAUGCCCGGAGGAAUGGGAAUGGAUCGGAUGAGUUCUGGUUUUGAUCGAAUGGGACCAGCUAUGGGUGGAGGCUUGGACAGGAACAUCGAUAUUGAUCGAGGAUUUGUGCCUGGGCCAAUGGGAAGUGGCAUGAGAGAGAGAUUAAGCAAUAAAGGCAACCAGAUAUUUGUGAGAAAUCUUCCUUUUGACUUGACCUGGCAGAAGCUAAAGGAGAAAUUCAGUCAGUGUGGUCAUGUAAUGUUUGCAGAAAUAAAAAUGGAGAAUGGAAAAUCAAAGGGCUGUGGAACAGUCAGAUUUGACUCACCAGAAUCUGCUGAAAAGGCCUGUAGGAUAAUGAACGGCAUAAAAAUCAGUGGCAGAGAAAUUGAUGUACGCUUGGAUCGCAAUGCAUAAUUUAAAACUUUGUGUUCAGGAUCAUUCCUAUGUCUGUUUAGCUUCUCUAUCCUAGUAAGUCAUUUUUAGUAACAUUGUAUGCUUACAAAAGCUGUAAAAAGGAACUUUUAAAUCCCACCAGCCUUUAACAGUAUAGUGUUUAAUAUACUGUGAUACUUGUUAACUGAAUCUUACGAUGUUUGGUUUUUAAAGACAAUUUGCCUGAUUUUUGUUGUUUUUUUAGAGGCACUGAGCACCUGCAGGUCCCUGCAGGCUGUGGAAGCUUUGGAUGCUCAGUGCCUUUGGAAAAUUAGGCCAAGUGUCUCUAGUCAUUCAGUUUAAAUGAAUGGUUAUACUGUUUUUAAUAAAAUAAGCCAUUUUCUCUGUUAAUCUCAAGAUUGCAUAGUGGGGUUUGUUUAGUGUCUUCUCAUUUUUACUCCCCCCUCCCCCUCCCCCCAGUGUGUAUCAACAUUGUAAUAUAAAAACUAGAUGUCUUUUUUUCCUUUUUCCCAGAAUUUUGGUUUUACAUGUGUGUUGUCGUCAUACUGUAAUUCUUGACUCUAAAAGAAAGGGCUCCAAUUAGGCUGUGAUGUUUUUGUUCUACUUAAUAUUACUUUAAUGACAUGACUUAAUUCUGUAAAUAAGAUUUAGAGCCCAAUGGGAGUUAGGAUUUUUUUUUUAUUAUUAUUUUGACUAAAUGAAGAAACUGAUCUUUAUCUUCUUUUAUUUUUUUUUUAUCAGUAUAAUCACUGAUUAAAACUAGUUACCACAGACCCUUGUAGGAUUGUUCCCUAUGAUGCCAAGUUCAUAUAAAAUUGAUAAUACAGUAAAUACUAAGUAUAGUGCAAGACAGAUUGCUCCCAAUUUUUUAUCUAUUUUCCAGCCAUUCAGGUGAACUGCCAGAAAAAUAAAAACAACAGAACAGAUAAGAGAAAUGGCUGUGUAUGUCAAACCACUGCUGUUCACUUCUAUGGGUCCUGAUGUAUUUAUGAAGGCAGUUCUCAUAAACCAGGGUAUUCCCAAACAGAGCAUAUCAAAUACGUUGGAUCCUACAAUGUUAGACAUAGCCAUAUCUCCAUUUCCUGCAAAAAAAAAAUACAAAUAAGUCUGUGUAAUUGUAUUGUACUGUACAAAAUUGCCAAACUGUUUUGGAGGAACAGACUGUCAGCCCUCAGUUUCUCACAGAGCACCCUUUUCAGACUUUUCAUUCGAAGAACUGUAGUCAUGAUUCUGCAAAACAUGGUUUUGGGUACCACAAGCAUUAAAAAGGUCUCCCUAAAUCACCAGCAUCUGCACAGUUGCACUUAAAAUAAGCUAGACAGUCUAUUGUAAAGUCCAGUCAUGUUAAAAAUCCCAAGACCAACAGUUGUGUUUUGCAGUAAAAGUGUAACACUUCAUCAACAACAAAUCAUACCAAUCUGGAAUACUUCUCUGAGAUACUCUGAGAGGUUUUUAAAUGUCUGAGCCACAGCUGCUUCAGGUAAGCUAUUUAUUUAUUAGUAAACUUUAGCUCUAGAAUCUGGAGCAAAACUUUGAAGUUACUUCUUGAAUUUCUGGAAGUGCUGACUCAAAAUUUUUCAUAGUAACUUUUAAACACAUCCAUUGAAAUGAGUCUGAAUACUAAAAUCUUUACCUUUUCUAGCCACCAGCACACUUGCAACUGUAUCUGGUACACUUGUUCCUGCUGCUAGUAAUGUGAGACCCAUUACUGACUCUGGAAUUCCCAGUGUUUCACCUGCAGUUGAUAAAUAACAUUAGAAAAUGCAAGUAUGUUUUUAGUUUAAGUUUCAUCCAAAGAAAUUGCUUUGGACUUCGUUUGCUGGAGAAAGAAUUAGUAAUCAUACAGUAAUUUUAAAAGGAAUGUGUCAGUUAGUUGACUAAAUAGGAAGUGACUGAACCAUGAAGUAGUUAGGAACAACAACAAAGAAAUAGCAUCCUGUCCAUGUUCUUCAAUGAAAUAAUAAAGGAAUUGUAGUGUAGUAACCAUCUUGCUUAACAAGUGUCUCGAAGACCUGAGUGGAAUGUCUCCAGUGGUCAAGACAAUACCAAUUACAAAUUUUCUAUUUUGGGUACAGUAGAAUUUUAAAUAUCCAACAAUUUACUCUUCCCCCCCCCCCCAACUUCUAGAAAACACAAUAAUUUUCUGGUUUUGGGCAUAUUGUGAUUAGUGCUUAAAAGUCUUAGGAAGCAAUAACUCUUUACAGUCACCCUCUUUAAAGUGGUGGGGAAAAAAGCACAUGGAUUUUCUUGGGGGAGGGUCAUUAAGAUCAUUGCUAUGAUCCUGUCGCAACUACAUGGCUUUACCAUUUCACUCCAGUUAGGUUUUUUGUUGGAUUUGGAAGAAUCAUAAUGCAGAAUUUUUAUGACUUUUAAAUGCAAGUUAUCCUUUACAAGUGUGAGUUUCUUUAGAUAAAUACUUGCUUAAAUUAAGAAAAGUUUUAAGUUAUUACUAAACCAGCAGCUUAUUUUCCCCACCUUCUUUUUUUUUUUCAGCCCCACAUGUCCUGUAAGCAUAUUAACUUCUCACUUCAAAUACAGGGAUUCAGCUCUUCAAAACUGUUUUAGCAGUUGUACUGUUCACAAGCAUCAAUGUGCUGAAGUGUUUGAUACCUCUAUUCAAACUAUUAAGUAAUUAGUUUUUCUUAAACUUUUUUGUUCACUAAAAGCAUCUUGAUACAUUUUUCUUUUAGGAUGUGGGGGUUGGAGGUUGAAAUUGAAUUCUUACUUGCAAUAUGUGGACCCUAAUAAGAACAGUUUUCUUAAAGUAAGAGGCAGUGCUUGGGAGCUAGGUCAGCAAUGCUUGCCUGUACCUACCAGCUUAGUCUGGGUCACUUAAAUAGAUUUUUGUUUGAAACUGUUGGUUCAGAGGGACUGAUGCGAUCCUGUUGCAGAAUGUGUACUGGUAUUUAUUCUCCCAUCACUCCUAAUUUAAGAGAUUUAUAGGAUGAGGGACCAACAAGAUCAGCUUUUAUAAACCAUCCAAGUGGAAAAUAAUGCUUCAUGCCAAGCAAACCAAUGUGAAAUAUGAAUGAACCCUCCAUGUUGUACCCAGCAGUGCUUUCUAGCCCUCUGAAGGUUAUAAAUAGAAUCUAAACUCAGGUGAAUCUAAAUCUUUCUUUUUAUUUUAGAUUUAUCUUUAUUUAAUGUGAAGGGUUGUUUGGUUUUUUUUCUGGCAACUGACAUAAAGAGAGAAUGGUUUUAUUUUUCUAGCCUUUAGUUAAUUUUAUAUAUUAGUAGCAAUAUCUUUGUAGAAGUAGUACUCCUUUGUGGGUUUUUUUGCUAGCAACAGAAUAGUUACUAAGGUUUGUUCUUGGAUCAAAAUUCAGUCCCUAGUUACAAUACCUUUGUGACAUUCUGAUAGGCGGUUAUGCCACAAUAGAAUCUUUGAGUCACUCUUCAUGAAAGAACCUGGACUUGAAUAGAAUGUGUGUAACUUAGUGUUUUAACAUGUAAAUAGAAUAUAUUGGACCUAGAAGUAGUGGGCCAAAGACCCCAAUACUGCUUGCGAUGACUGUUCAAAGGGGACUAACACUAAUACACAAUCCGAAUCUCUAGUGUACCUGCUUUCCCAUGGAUUAGUGCUUUGUCUUGUAGCACAGCAAUAACUUUCAUUUGAAUCUGGUUUCGAAGGCUUCUAGCGUUCAGACUGUAAAACUUUGCUCUUUAGAUACAAGUGGAAAAUUAUUUGACCAGGGAGUGAACCUGGUGGGUGUUAUAUCCAGUGACCUGCUAGUAAUUUCUCAAAGGUUUACCAAAUGUGUCUGUUUCUGCACUGAACAAGGAGUUAUUCAUUGAACUUAAGUUGAAAACAAGUUUAGGAUGCUGAACCAGCAGAAUACUUGAGUAGGAUUAGUAAGCUAUAAUGUGGAAAUAGCACUUUGUAGCCUUUCUUUCUUGUUUAGAGAUUUAUUUUCUGCUUCCUCUUAAAAUUAAAAACUGGAUUUUUUUCCAAGCUGGCUGGAGAAACAAUGAAACGAGGAGAUCUUUAAUACCUUAAGAUACCUUUAAGAGAAUGUUUUUACACAGAAGUUUUCCUACCCCUUACCUCACUCCAAUGCAGUUCUUUACUACUUCACUUUAUGAUGAAGAUUUGUAAGAGGUAUACAUACACACCAAAAAUGUUUAAUACACCUGUGAUGCUAUAGUUGAAAUAAAAUAGUACAAAAAUGUGGGAGAUGUUUUUGGCAGUUAAUGCCAAAUCUCUAACUGUAGUGCUCAAGAAAAAUACAGGUAUAGAAAUAAUGGUUCUUUUACAGAACUCUGUACCUUUAAUUCCAGUCUUGGUGGAUUACUUGUCAGACUUCAGCUUGACAAGUCUAUUUCUGUGUAUCUAAUCGUUUCACUUAAUGAAGAAGUUUUAUGAACCUGUCUCUUGCUAAAUUUAGGCUGGGUUUUUUUGUAGCUAUAUAAACAAAUUCUCAUUCAUGUGCUGGUAAACAGUCUGAAACAGCUAAACUCUAAAGUGGUUUUCAUUAGAUGGAAGAAGGUGGCAUGUUAAGCAGUCAAACGUGUUUUUGUUGGGUUUGUUGUGUUUUUAUAGCAAAGUAUGUGUUGCUAAACUGACUGUUAAUUGUGGAAAGGAAAACUCUUCACAAGGGGAAAACUGUUUUUUUCAGUGACUCUUGAUUGGUUGAGUCUGUAGAGCAGCAGCAGUUCAGGUACCUACCUGCUAUUGUUAUCAUCCAUACAAGGACAUAAGUUAUGGCAGAAAUCCAUGCUGCUGAAAUUAAAAAUGUCACCAUGAACCAGUUCCUCCAAAACUGUCUUCUGCAAUCUGGUAUAGUCAAAUAGAGUAGUGUAAUAAUAGGAAGGGAUAACACCCACACAAUUCUCUUCAUAUCUGCUUCAGGCAUGGUGAAGACACUUGGAUGAUCUGUUGAGGAAAAACGCUAUUUUAAAUUGUAGCAUGGUUUGAAUCCAUAGCAUAGUCAUGUUACCGGCAUCUACUUGUGAGAAUACUGAAAACAGGUUAAAAAUACGUGAAGUUCAAGCUGUAGUCUUACAGAAUACCUGCAUGACACUGGACAAAACUCUGAAAUCAGAUGUUCUUUGUUACCAUGUCAAGUAGGGGAGAAACAAGGUGGGUGAACUUUUCUAUAAAGGUUUACACAAAAGGUUUACCAAAGUAAGUACCAACUGCUGGUUUUUGCCUAAGUGAAGAGGAAACUGGUGAUCUGUAGCCACAUCAUAGCUAUUUCCAUACUUCUGAUGUCAUGCAUGUUUUGGGCUAUGAACCUGCCAUUGUCAUAAGAAAACAGUGUGAGUAUGGUACCAGUGUGUCUUUUGGCAUUUUACAAGCAGCAUUGCUGGGAAGUUUCAAAUGUGCACAGCAAAGACUGAUGGAAGUCUGCUGUUCCAAUAUGACACAAAUGAGUGACUAUCUUAGCAUUCCUCUAGCAACUAACUUCAUUUAAAUACCACCACUCUGAUUUUCCUUGAUGUUAUGUUCCAGGGAAGAAUAAUGCUUUACUUAAAUACUAUGCUGGAGUUCUUUUGUGAACAAAAUCUUAAUGCUAUCACAGAAUCUGCUCUUUACUAGAAAUGAUGCAGACAGGCAUGCAGAGUAUAAGAGACAACUGUAAUAAUACUUCUACCUUCAGAGAUUUCAUCAAGCCCAUGCAAGCUUGUUGAAAGCUGAGAGUAGUCCAGCUCAUCUUGAAAAAUGCCACUAUCUGUUCUUGACUGUUGACGGAUUAGAGGUCCACUCUCUUCCCUCCAGCCAACCAAUGGCUGCUGCUCAGCAUUCUCUUCCAUAGCUUUUGUAAAACACACACAGCAGGGACUGAACUUUUUCAUGAGGUAUUGGUUGAUUUUAAUGUCAAAACAUAGUACCAGAAUGUAACACCCGUAUAUCAGUAAUAAGGAUGCACUUUCAUACCUAGAAUGAAAAACAGGUUUUACAUAACAUGUAGUAUAAAAACCCCACAACUGUUUGACUCAUUAAAAUGGCUGGUGUAAGGAGAGAGAAAAUUUGUGUGAGUGGCAAAAGGAAAACACCCAAAACAUCUGUUUGCAGUUGUAUGGCUGAUGUCAUGAAAGUUCAUGAGUGUCCCCAUGUCUUUCAGCAGUUCGAUUAAUUCCACUGCCCUGCAGAAUCUUGUUUGUAUAUUGUAUAGCUGCCUGUCUUCCAGGGGAUCUUACUGAACCAACAUCUUACUGAUGUUUGUGAAACUGACUCUUCAGGUGGUGGUUAAAGAGGGGAUAGUAUGUGCUGUUCUGAGUUAAAAACAGCAGAGACUUUGUGCUGGACGUGACUGAGUUGUUGAGGCAACAGGAGUUUCAGUGUUCAUGGAAGAGAGUUAAACCUCGGAAGCUCACGAUCUGCUUCUGGCAGAUAAAGGCUCAAAAGGAGUAAACUAUGAACACUAAUUGCUACGCCAAAAUAGUGGUGGUAGAAAUUGUGAAGUCUCUACAGACAAACCUAUGCAGAUCAAACUUUAUAAAUAUGCAGGGUUUGAAUGUUUAGGUAAUAAUCUUUAUAAGCAUUGUGACUUUCUUGGUUGUGCUUUGGUUUUGUUUUUUAAGCCAACAGGAUGUUUAUUUGUUAGAGAGUGGCAGUUCAGGCUACUUGAAGUUUGGGGCUUAGGUUUUUUUGUUUGUUUUUCAAACCACUGUCUCACUAAUCUCCAGUCAACAUGAAUUCAAUACUACUUGUGCUCUUACCAGUAAAUUCUGUUGUCAGAUAUCAUCGCAAGGACCGCUGCCACGCUAAUUGUGUAUGCCAGGCAGUCUCUAAACAGCGGCCAACAGGAUAGCUUCGAAACCUGCAGAACACAGAUUCAUUUACUUUUCUUAAAUUCGUCUGUAAUACUUUCACUAAGUGCUGUAAAUGCUGCAUCAAUAUGUUGUUUCUAUAUAAUGUAAAAAUUUAAGAUUCUUAGGAAUGACUUGAGUAUGAUAUUUAACAAGUUAGUGUUUUUAAAAACUUUCAUAGCAAGUUACCUUAAAACUGAUUACAUGCUGGUUUUGCUACUAAAUAAUAAACUUGGCAGUUGUCAUAGUAA